UCAGGGAAAAUGGUCCUCUUCUGGCUUCUCGCAGUUUUUAUUGCCGCAGAAGCGAAGCUCGAGGGUCCAUGCGAUGCUGCGCCCACUGCCGCUGUUAAGGCAUUCUGCGUUCAGCUACACAAGUGGGAUGAAGAAGCAAGAAAGACAGCAAGUAAGAAGAAAAUAGCCCUGCCGCCAGGAGUCGCGGGAAUUGGCAAAGCGGUAGCAGCAGAAUUUGCUCCUAUAGCAAGUAGCAUUUAUCAAUGCAUGGAUCUUCAAUGUCUUUGCACUUAUCUGAGAGGUACCGUAGCUCCCAAUGGUCAGUGUUCGCUACCCAAUGGGAUGAUGUUGGGAAAAGCAGUAAGAAAGGAAUACCGUAUGAUGUCCGACGAUGAACGACAACGUUAUCACGCCGCUGUAAGAACGCUAAAGCAAAAUGGUGAAUACGACAAACUCUCAUAUAUUCACAAAGAUUCAGUGAGGCAUGGAGGAGCGCAUUCAGGGCCUGCUUUCUUACCGUGGCAUCGUGAGUUAACGAAAAGGUACGAAUUUGCGCUUCGACAGGUUGAUCCAAGCCUUUAUCUCCCAUACUGGGAUUCUACAAUGGACGGUGCUCUUGCACGACCUCAGGAUUCAGUCAUGUUUUCAGCUGAACUCACAGGGACAACUGACGCAUCAGGUUUCCUAAAUAGCGGCCCCUACAUGAAUUUCCGAACAUUGGAGGGAAAUGCGCAAGUCAAACGAGCUGUGGCUGCACAAGGACAGACGAUGAAGGAUAGCGACAUCGAUUUUGUUAUGCGUCAGAAUCAAAUUGACCAAAUCAUGUCUUACACUGCUCCUCGACAGGGCUGCCCAUAUCGAACUGAGUACAACUGCCUCGAAUACACACAUGGAAACGGACACAUUUUCGUCGGCGGCGAUAUGUACGAGAUAGCCACCUCAGCCAAUGAUCCGAUAUUCUGGCUACACCACGGUUUCAUCGACCUUAUUUGGGAAAUGUGGAGACAGGCAAGACAGACUCGUGCUGAUCGUGAAACGCUCUAUCCUCCGGAUAACCAAUACUGCUCGGCACCUCAACACUUUGCCGCCUCUCAAAUGGUACCAUUCUCACCGAUGAGGAAUGUCGAUGGUUUGUCGAACAAGUAUACUGAUAACCUCUAUCAGUAUGCACCUCGACCGACAUGCUCACGUGGUCAACCGGAUUGUGGAUCAAGAUUCUUAUUCUGCGAUUUCACCCAUGGAGCACCAAAAUGUGUAUCUCGAAUCAAGCCGGGAUCCCCGUGCACUGGAUAUGCUCAAGGAGAAAAUCCUUGCUACAUGGGUCAAUGCCAAGGAGGACUUUGCGUCGGAGGGGGUCCAGUAAACGUACCUCAACCUGCCCCAAUCGUACCUACGGCGCCUGUUGUUAUGGCAACGCAGGAGACUUGCUACAAUGAAGACGAGUGCUGUGGACCAUGGGCUGCUAAUGGAGAAUGCACGCGGAACGCUGCCUACAUGACUGAAUGGUGCAAAGCAAGCUGUGGUCAUUGUCAUCCUCAGUAUAGGCUUGCUGAUGAUUGCUCUGAUCGUCAUCCCAACUGUGUAUCAUGGACGCAACAAGGUGAAUGCACAAGGAACCCCAAAUGGAUGGGAGAAAAUUGCAGAAAAUCUUGUAAUCGUUGUGGACAGACUAGGGCAGCUGUAUGUUCAGCAGGCGCUAGAGGUGGCCAAACCACGCAACAAGGGCAGCUGAGCAACCAGAUCGUAUGCGAAAAUUCGGACGGAUGCUACAACGAGAACGUUUGUUGUCCCCAUUGGGCCUUAUACGGCGAAUGCCGAAAAUCUGCGCCAUGGAUGGCCUGCAACUGUAGGGUGUCUUGCGGUCACUGUUACCCGGAGGAUUAUGUUUAUGGAUCUUGCUCCGAUUAUCAUCGUGAAUGUGCCGGUUGGGCUAGAUUGGGCGAAUGCGAGAAGAAUCCAUGGAUGUCAGAAAACUGCAGAGCUUCUUGCAGGACUUGCUACUCGCAGUGGGAUCUUCGAGACAUGUGCAGAGGAGCAGUAGGAUCGGUAGCGCCAGUGGCUCAGAGGCGUCCGCAGCAGCCAAGCCGUGCUCAGUUUGAUCAAUUCGGAGGCUUUGGAGGUUUUGGAGGUUUUGACGACGGCUGGGGCAUGGGGUGGGGCGAUGGCAUGGGUGGCGGUCGAAGAGGUGGACGAGGAAGAGGAGGCUGGAGACAACCACAACCAUUCGGCGGCUGGGGAUGGCAGAGAGCAAAGAGGAACCGCUUCCCUAGAAAAUAAUUAUUAUUCCUGAAAAAAGCUCAGUGAUGGGUAGUGCCUACAUUUGUGCGAUACAUCUUAUGAGCUGAUUGUUACGAUUGCAAGUUUUACAUACCGUAACGAGUACAUGUCUCCCUUUGUCAGGGUGCUUUCCUUCAUUCACUUAGUGUGUUUAAAUUGAAUGUGUGCUCUAAUUAUUACACGUUAUUUCACAUGUUAUACAUGUCUGCCUAUGGAGAUCGCAAUAAAGCUUGUUUACAC